GACCACACGGGGAAGGGUGUUCAACUCAGCCUGAUCAGAUAUUGAAGAGCACUCCUGGAGUAGACAAGACCGCAGCAGCACCCCGGAACGACCAAAAGCACAGAAUAGCGACACGCGUUACUCAGAAGCGUCAAGGCCAAGGGCUCGAGGGUUCUGUGACCACAGAGAAGCGUAGAAAUCACAGCAAGUUCCGAGAGGACAUCACUGACGCUGUAAGAGAGGAUCUGUUUCGUUUUGCCUGAGUCUCGUCUCCUAACCUGGAUUCUUGAUGCCUGCUGUAUCGCUAAAAGUAGUAUUUCUCUUGUUUCAUUUUAACGGCGCAUGGCCUCCAACAUCUUCAUCUCUACGCUCAAUUUCAUGAGCUCCGUUCUGAUGACCGUCGCGAAUAGGCUGAUGAUCGCCUAUGAGGACAUCAGCUCGCUGCUCAGACAGAGAAUGGCGACACAUGAUGGAAACGCCGUGCCCACACGGGUCUGGGCGGCGUCUCUAAGAGGAGCGCGACGCCUUGAUAGCCAGCUAAAUCCUUUCUGUUACACAAGCGUACGGCAAAUCUGCAGACACCACCUUAAGAGAGUAGUAUACCCGCAUUUAUUAAAUAAUCAUCGUUGUCUACAAACACCUAGGAAGUACAGCAGAUCCAGACUUUCCCCACCAUGCAGCUAUAUCAGUAUUUCAGUGCUGGAGGCUACGGUGCCAACUUUUUAUUCGCUUGUUUUAGUUUUCCAGGUCUUGUGGAUGGCGGUUUGCUGGGCUUGCUUCUCACUUGAACAAGUGCGAGAAGACUUCGGAUUCGGCAUGGGUUUGAAUACCCGCAUCGACACGGCAUUAGUUCACGUGAAAACAAGAAGGCUUAUCGACUCUCCUCUGGUCCAAACCCGCACUACCACCAUUCACCCGUACGCCUCUUUGCAAAUGCGAACAUAUAAUGUCAUUUCUCCCCAUUAAUAUUUUGAUCUCACGCUAACACCUAUACAGCACGCCAGCGACCUCCUCAUUCCGCUGAUGCCCCUCGUGGUCCUCUA